AAGACCAUGUGUGUCAUUCCAUUUAUGUGAUAUGUCCAGAAAAGGCUAAGCCAUGGAGAAAGAAAAUAGUUGCCAGGGGCUGGCGGGGAGGGGAGACGGGGGAGUGACUGGGUACAGGUUUUCUGUUGAAAUGAUGAUGACUUCUCAAACUACAUUUCGGUGGUAGUUGCACGACACUGUGUACUGUCACUAACAGUAAAUUCUAUGUGUACUUAUCACAACUAAUUAGACAAGAGAAUAAAAGUCUUAGGGAAGCUACCCGUGAGCCAUCCCCAACUCGGGGGUUGUCUCGAGGUCGCUGGGUCAACAUUCAAGGGAGAUUCUGUCAUCCGAGAAGGGGUCGGGGACGGGCGGCGAACAUCACUCUACCGGUCUCAGUUGGAGCGGUGUCCUGGCAGCGGCCCUCAAGCUCAUAUCCAGGCGGGGCACCCGUGGCUGCACCACCAGCUCAGGGCCGGUCAGGUGGCGCUGCCAGUCCGCCUCGCCCCUCUUCUCAGGCUCUCGAAGCUCGUGGAACCCAAACCCAGCGCUCCAAUCGUCAGGGUGGCCCAGCCCCCUGCCGGGCCAAGCCACGCCCCUAGGGCCUUCCACUGGCUCCGCCCCUCCGCCUGUCAGUUCGCUCCACCGUAACCACACCCCUCCCAGCAGGCCCGACCCGUCUCUUCUCACCUAGGGUCUAGCCCCACCUCUGUGGUUCCAGGCCACACCCUCCGGCCCCGCCCCGCCGCCUGCCCAUCAAACGCACCCGGGCCCCGCCCCAUCGCCCUCAGGUCUGUUUCUCUUGCAGGCCUGGGCGCGGCCCGUUGUUAUGACGACACGGUCGUAAAUCCGCCAUCUUCCUGCGGCGCGUUGCGACAUGGAGGGCGCGAUGGCAGUGCGGGUGACGGCCGCGCAUACGGCAGAAGCCCGGGCCGAAGCCGGGCGGGAAGCAGGCGACCGCGGGGUUGCAGCGGCGGCGGCGGCGGCUUUGGCGCCCAGUGGCUUCCUCGGCCUCCCGGCGCCCUUUAGCGAGGAAGAUGAGGACGACGUGCACAGAUGCGGCCGAUGCCAGGCGGAGUUCACCACCUUGGAGGACUUCGUUCAGCACAAGCUCCAGAAAGCCUGCCAGCGGGUCCCUCAGGAGGCCCUGCCCGCCACCCCUGCUGCCACUGCCGCACUGCUGGGUCAGGAGGUGGAGCCGGCGGCAGGCCCAGAGGAGCCCGUCACCGUGGCCCACAUCGUGGUAGAGGCGGCCGCUCUAGCAGCAGACAUCAGCCACGCACCUGACAUUGUUGGUGGCGGACACAUCAAAGAGGUCAUUGUGGCCUCUGAAGCAGAGCCGGGGGACAGCGAGAUGGCAGAGGCCCCGGGCAGCCCCCGCCAUCAGGGGCCUGGGCUCCCCGGGGAGGGCGAGCAGGCCCAGGUCAAGCUGCUGGUGAACAAGGACGGCCGCUACGUGUGCUCGCUGUGCCACAAGACCUUCAAGACGGGCAGCAUCCUCAAGGCCCACAUGGUCACCCACAGCAGCCGCAAGGACCACGAGUGCAAAUUGUGUGGGGCCUCCUUCCGGACCAAGGGCUCGCUUAUCCGGCACCACCGACGGCACACAGAUGAGCGCCCCUACAAGUGCGCCAAGUGUGGGAAGAGCUUCCGGGAGUCGGGGGCGCUGACCCGGCACCUCAAGUCCCUCACCCCGUGCACGGAAAAAAUCCGCUUCAGCCUGAGCAAAGAUGUGGCUGUCGGCAAAGAGGACGCUCCCGCAGGGUCCAGUGCUUCCUCUGUGGGGACUGUCACAUCAUCAUCGGUGACAAGCGAGCCCAUGGAGACGUCACCCGUGAUUCACCUGGUGACAGAUGCCAAGGGCACUGUUAUCCAUGAAGUCCAUGUCCAGAUGCAAGAGCUUCCCCUGGGCAUGAAAGCCCUGGCCCCGGAGUCCCCAGGCCCCGAGGACCUUCCCAGUUCCGGGGAGGGCAGCCGUGAGAACCUGCUGCAUCAGGCCAUGCAGAACUCCGGCAUUGUCCUUGAGCGCGUGGCUGGGGAGGAGGGUGCGCUGGAGCCGGCCCCUCCCACCGCCUCCAGUCCCCAGCCCCUGGGUGAUGGUCCCCCAGAGCUGCCGCUGCUGGAGGUGGAGCAGGUGGAGACACAGAUGGCCAGCCAGGCCUCAGCUGUGCCCAGGACCCACCCGUGCCCUCAGUGCAGUGAGACCUUCCCAACGGCGGCCACCCUGGAGGCCCACAAAAGGGGCCACGCAGGGCCGAGGCCGUUCACGUGCAUGCAGUGCGGCAAGGCCUUCCCCAAGGCCUACCUGCUCAAGAAGCACCAGGAGGUACACGUGCACGAGCGCCGCUUCCGCUGUGGGGACUGCGGGAAGCUCUACAAGACCAUUGCCCACGUCCGCGGCCACCGGCGCGUCCACUCGGACGAGAGGCCCUAUCCCUGUCCUGAGUGCGGCAAGCGUUACAAGACCAAGAAUGCCCAGCAGGUGCACUUCCGGACGCACCUGGAGGAGAAGCCGCACGUGUGCCCGUUCUGCAGCCGAGGCUUCCGGGAGAAGGGCUCGCUGGUGCGGCACGUGCGGCACCACACGGGCGAGAAGCCCUUCAAGUGCUACAAGUGCGGCCGAGGCUUUGCCGAGCACGGCACGCUCAACCGGCACCUGCGCACCAAAGGGGGCUGCCUGCUGGAGGUGGAGGAGCUGCUGGUGUCGGAGGAGAGUCCCGCCGCCGCCGCCGCCGUCCUUGCCGAGGACCCGCACACCGUGCUGGUGGAGUUCUCGUCCGUGGUAGCCGACACCCAGGAGUACAUCAUUGAGGCCUCCGCAGACGACGCGGAGACCAGCGAAGCCGCGGAGAUCAUCGAGGGCGCCCAGACAGAGGUGGAUAGCCACAUCAUGAAGGUGGUGCAGCAAAUCGUGCACCAGGCCAGUGCCGGCCACCAGAUCAUCGUGCAGAACGUGACCAUGGACCAGGAGGUGGGGCUGGGCCCCGAGGCAGCCGCCGCCGACACCAUCACCAUCGCCACCCCCGAGAGCCUGACGGAGCAGGUGGCCAUGACGCUGGCCUCGGCCAUCAGCGAGGGCACUGUGCUCACGGCCCGUUCGGGCACGCGUGGCUCCGAGCAGGCCACUGUGACCAUGGUCUCUUCGGAGGACAUUGAGAUCCUGGAGCACGCGGGGGAGCUGGUCAUCGCCUCGCCGGAGGGCCAGCUCGAGGUGCAGACGGUUAUCGUCUAGCCUGGCCGCCUGCAGGGUCCUGGUAGGCUGGGCAGGGUGGGGGGCGAGGACCCCGAGUCCCCCAGCCCAUGCCCGCCUGGCCGAGUACAGGGAAGGUGGGGCGAGGUGUUCGGAGGGGAUGUGGGGGUAUAAACAUACAGAGCUUUUGGUUGCUUUACAAUAAAACAUGAAAACUGGCCGCUUGUGGUGUUGGGGCAGCCUCGGGGCUGGUGCCACUGCCCUGGCAGGUUCCCCCGUGGCAGCCUCCGCCUGCCCAGGCCUCCCUCCAGACUCUAGUGCCUGGUCACCCCACAGGGCUCCUGACUGGGCUGGCGACACCUCGGCGGUGUGUGGGUGUCAUUGGCAUGUGGACGGGCAGCCUCCCGCCACUGCCCUGCCCAUUAGGAGCUGUGACCCCAGCUUCCUGAGGCCCCAGGGAACGUGGGAGGGGUUGUUUGCUCCCUGGUCUCCAGCCCUGGGGCCCCCCGGGGGCCGGGGAAUGAGGCUGGGAGACCCGGGAGCCUUGGCUUUUCACCCCGAGGUAAUAGCGUGUAGGAGAAGCAGCAGAUGCUGGGCCACAAACGGGGCUGGUCUCCCGGUUGUGUGUGUAGCUUCCCUGAGGGAGGCAGCUUGUAGAGGGAGGCUCUGGGUGACCUGGUUUCUAGGGGCGGGAGAAGAACCAGAUGCCAACCAUGGCAUGGCUGGCCCUCCUCCCCAGUCCUGAUGCAGCUCUGGCUGGCAGGGCCUUCCCGUGCUGACGGGCUUGGGGACGGCAGAGCAGGCUCAGUGCAUCCCCUGCUGCCCGGCCCGGGAGUCUGGGGAGGGGAGCUGGGAGUUAUUGCAUCCAGCUUUGUGGAGGGGGCGGGACAGCACAGCCCAGCCCCUCCCUGGGCCAGGGCUUCAAAUACCCACGGAGCUGGGGUGCCAGAGGUGCUUCUGGGCCAACUGCAGUCUGGAGCUGCAGACACACCCCGACCUGGACCUCCCCUCAGACCUCUCCAGGGACCAGGAUCCUGAGCCUGUGACACAGCCUCUCCACAUCCUUCAGCCUGCCAGCUCCACACCAUGGGUGGGCCUCUGGCCUUGCUGGCCGCACUCUGGGCUCUGGGGGCAGCCAGAGCCGCGGCGCUGCGCAUCGGAGCUUUCAACAUCCAGAGCUUCGGGGACAGCAAAGUGUCAGACCCGGCCUGCGGAGGCAUCAUCGCGCAAAUCCUGGCCGGCUACGACAUCGCGCUGGUGCAGGAGGUGCGAGAUGCGGACCUGAGCGCCGUCGACUCCCUCAUGAAGCAGAUUAACAGCGCGUCCAGGCACGAGUACAGCUUCGUGAGCAGCGAGCCUUUGGGUCGGGACCAGUACAAGGAAAUGUACCUGUUCGUCUACAGGAAGGACGUGGUGUCGGUCAUGGACACAUACCAGUACCCGGACCCGGAGGACGUCUUCAGCCGGGAGCCUUUCGUGGUGAAGUUCUCGGCGCCCCGCUCUGCUGCCCAGGAGGUGGUGCUGGUUCCCCUGCACGCGGCGCCGCACCACGCUGUGGCCGAGAUCGACGCGCUCUACGACGUGUACCUGGACGUGAUUGACAAGUGGGGCACUGACGACUUGCUGUUUCUGGGCGACUUCAACGCCGACUGCAGCUACGUGCGGCCGCACGACUGGGCGGCCAUCCGCCUGCGCAGCAGCGAGGUCUUCAAAUGGCUCAUCCCGGACAGCGCCGACACCACGGUGGGCAACUCUGACUGCGCCUACGACCGCAUCGUUGUCUGUGGCUCCCACCUGCGCAGGAGCCUGAAGCCCCAGUCGGCCGCCGUGCAUGACUUCCAGGAGGAAUUCAGCCUGGACCAGAGUCAGGCCCUUGCCAUCAGUGACCAUUUUCCUGUGGAGGUGACCCUCAAGUCGCACUGAGCCCUGCGGUGCAAGCCCCAUCGAGCCCUUCUGGGCAGCCAGCCAAGCCCAGUGAGGCUGCAGGGUGGCAUCGGCUGGCCUGGACAAACGACGGGACCCUUUGAGCCCUUUGCCCGUCUGUGAAGCAUGAUGCCACCACCCACCUCGGGGGGUUGUGAGAAACACCUUGCAGAGCGCUGGGCACUCGGUAAACAUGAUCCAGCACAGGGAAGACCGUACCCAGCCCAGCCACGUCGGUGCUGACACCUCCAUGUCCUUUCUUAGGCCGCAGCCCUCUUGGGGCACAAUUCUUGGUCCUGCAGCCCAGCAGGUUCCUGGCCCAAGUUCCCUUAGGGGACAGGGACAGCCCGGUCUGCCCACUCCAUGUCCUGCUGGGCACUGGCCACCUCCACACUAGGCUGGCUCUAGAAGGCAGCCCCCGUGCUCACGUGCGUGGAGUGCUAAUGCCCAAGGCCCACCUCCCGGACCACGGGGCUCCUGCUCCAGCCUGAUGCCCAGGCACGCGGGUGUGCAGGUCAGGAAGGCUGGCCGGCUGCCCCCAGCUGGUUGGGGGCCCUCGGACAUGUGGAGCCCCCACCGUGGUGAGCAGGUAGGCUGGGCCGAGGUCAUACCCCUGGAAGUCGACAGCACACUGUGGUACGGCCCCUUCGGCCAGGCCUUCCUGGGCAGGGGCCAUCAGGGAGGAGAGUGGCCCGUGCCCCGGCCAAGCUCACUGCCUAAGAAUUGGGAGCAAGCAGAGCUGGGUACACAGGGUUACUGACAGGGGCCCCCUGAGGUUUCUGGUUUUCGAAGCAGCUCAUCUUUGGCAGGAUUUGGGAAAUGGCCUGAAUUACAUGGGAGGGAAAGACCUGGUUUCAGAAGUUUGGACAAGCUUUUCUUGCUAGAUCUUUCCAACGUGAGAAUUAGGACACUAGCAAGGUAAAACAUCUCGCAAGAAAUGCCUCCCUCAUCCCUCUCCAGGUCACCCCCACUUCUCCGAACACGCCUUCCACCCCAAAGUGGUGCAAGACCUUUCCCCUGGCGGGGUUUUGGGUGACUUGUCAGGGCCCACAACUCCCUGGCCUCCUGCCUCCAGCAAUCAGGCAUUCCACCGCCAGGGAUGGGAAAGCCAAGCACUUUAUUCAGCUCUGGCAGAGGAGACACUGGUGACAUCAUGGGGGUCCAGAAGGCACCCCCUGCCAGUUAACGAUGCCCGGAUCAAGACACUGCUUGCCAGUUGCGACCCCUGCCCACCCCCCAGGCACAAAAGGCACUCCGGUGGGGACCAGCCUUGGGGCUGUAGCUGGGAGGAACAGGGUCUUCUAGGAGGAUCAGAAAAACAAAGCUGCAAUUACUUCUAUGCGGCAAAGUACCUUAUUUAGAUCCCUUGGGACCACAGGGCCCCCCAGAAGGGUGCAGGGGCCACCGGGCCCUUAGCCUUUCUUUUGUUUGAGCUUUUCUAAGUACGUCUGCAGGGACUUUUGGAUGGCGUCUUUGGAGAUGAAGCUGACGAAGUUCUGGAUGUCGGCGUCGCGCUGCUUCAGCAGGCGGUCUGCCGUGGCCUGGCGGAUCAUGCUCUUGGUUAGCUGCCGCGCGUGAUCUAAAGAAAACGAGGGCCACGGGGGAAGACGCAGCUGUGGCACAGUGGCAUAAGUCCCCGCCUCUUCAAGAGAGUGCCAGCAGGAGCUCUGCCGGAAACCUUAGAACGAACACGCUGUUCCCUACAGCCCGCCAGUUUCUCUUAAGAGCACAGAAGAUGACCCUGUAAAAACUGCCUUUGUGACGUGUUAUUUUCCCUUGAGUAUAUUGCUGGGGACAUUU